AAAAAAAAAACCCCUCUGUCCCGUCCAGCCUAGGGUUCCUUGUCGCCGCGCCGCCGUCGUCUCGCCGCUCUGAUUCGCCGCCCAGGUAAUCGCCAGAAGCUGCACCUCUCUUCCUCUCCUGCCGGCGUACUCGUCGUGGUGUUUCGGUGGCCAUUGCCGGCUCUGCUUGGUGAGCCGUCGCACCCAUGGCAGAGGAAACCAAUGGAAAGAAGGAGGAGGAGGAGUUCAGCACCGGUCCUCUGUCAGUGCUAAUGAUGAGCGUGAAGAACAAUACCCAGGUUCUUAUCAACUGCCGGAACAACAAGAAGUUACUUGGCCGUGUGAGGGCAUUUGAUCGGCAUUGCAACAUGGUUCUUGAGAAUGUUAGGGAGAUGUGGACUGAGGUACCAAAGACUGGUAAAGGCAAGAAGAAGGCUCUUCCAGUGAACAAAGACAGGUUCAUAAGCAAGAUGUUCCUCCGUGGGGAUUCAGUCAUCAUUGUUCUCAGGAACCCAAAAUGAGUCUCUUUGCUACAUUGCUAUUCAGUCUCCAUGCCAAAUACUCUGAAACAUGGGAGUGAGUGUAAGAGCCGACUCUUGCUUUAGCCAGUCUCCAUGCUAUGUUGAUGGCGAAGUGUUGUAGUUGGAUGCUGUGAAUUUACCUUGUAGCUGACUUGCACUGGUAGUUUCUGUUUGGAAUGGAUCAUCGAAAUAUCGGCUGACUCCACUGUUUCAA